AUGGCUGCAAGUUAUACAAGACCACAAUCAUACGUAAGAAUAAGAUCUUCAAUUCGUGAUGACGAUGAUGAAGCACUCAAUUUAGAAUUGGGAAAUGGUUCAUCUACUGGCACUGGAAACGAGCAAGGUAUUAAAAAACUUCACGGGCAAGUGCAGGAAGUUGUCGGUGUUAUGAAAAAGAAUAUUGAUAAAUUGCUUGAUCGUGAUGUUGGAUUGAGUAAUCUAAUGACAAGAGCUGAUGAACUUCAUACAACAGCUGAUACCUAUAAUCAAACAACAAAGCAAUUAUCUCGAAAAAUAUGGUGGAAAAAUGCUAAAACAAAUAUAUGCAUUGGCACAACGGUUGCCAUUGUACUUAUCAUCAUAAUUGUGAGUAUUGUUGUAAAUCGUCGAAAAAAGUGA